CACUGAUCAGAUAUAAAGCGUGCACACGGGAACGCGUGGCUGGCGCCGAGCGCAUUCGCUAGCGCGGUUGGCGGCGCAGACAGAGCAGCGCAUGCGCAGUGGGUCCAAUACCCACACGAGCGCUUCUUUUGUAUAAGUGGUAUCGGUGGACGCAUGCCUGGACGCUCGCCGCAUGCCUGGUCGCCGUCGUAGAGCACGUCUCGUAAGUGGUCAGGGGGCGGGUGCCGCCACCUCAGAUGCAGGCUUGGAGCUCUUGGGUCCUAGCAGCCUCUUCAGCCAGUUGGACGAGCCGGAGCUGGAGCUCAGAGUCCGAGCUGCGCAGCAGGGUCUCUCAGCGAAGCGUUCCUGUGGAAACGGCCUGACUGUUCUCUUAUCGAGCAUGCCAACUAGUCGCACGAUUCUAAUUGCUGGUACAAUGGACGAAGAACUGUACAGGGACUUUGAAGGACUGCGAAUUUUCGACGUGUACCAUGACGAAACUCUUCGCUCUGCAAUGAGGUAUAAACCUCUGGCCGGAGACGUCAUCCUUGCGUCGUACCCGAAGAGCGGCUCCAACUGGGCACAGUUCAUCAUUUGGAACAUAUUGACAAAGGGCAAGCAACCUCAUGAUGUCGGUGAACUCGGUCUGCUAUCUCCGUUCAUUGAAGUAGCUGGAGCUGAAGUGGCUGCACACCCGGCAACGAUUGGCCCCAUAGUCACUCACCUUCCUUAUAGCGUCUUGAAGCCGGUGGACCAGGCAAAGUACGUCUACGUUGCUCGGAAUCCUUACGAUUGCGCCGUCUCCAUGUACCACUUCGUCAAGGGACUCACACCGGCCACAUACACGGAUGUUUCCUUCGAAAAGUUCCUUUCAUUGUUCCUCACCGGAAAGGUAAACCAUUGCUUCGAGCACAUUUCAUUCUUGGGGCAGAAAAAUGUUCGUGGACAUCUCUCGUUACGCGUUAGGAUGCCUACCCACCGAUCAUUAUACUACAUGCACCUUCUGUGCAAUACAAGUGUGAAAAUUUUGAGGAAGGAGCGUUUAAAAGGUACGGGCUUUCUAGUUAUUUUUAGAUAUUGUCUCCUUCUAAGCUUGACUUCGGAAAAAACUAGCUGUGUGUAGCUGGU